AUGGCUGACGAGUACGCUGACUUGAAGCAGAUGUUGCAGCAGCAGCUGAAGCUGAUGGAGGCUCUGACCGUCAAGCUAUCCAAUUCAUCCAUGGGCCAAUCAAGCGCGGCUGGUGGUUCACAAUCUGUUGAUCACAUUGCCGGCAGCAUCCCUGAAUUCCUGUAUGACCCGCAGGCCCAUAUCACCUUUGAUUCCUGGUACAAGCGAUACGAGGACUUGUUCUCUGUCGAUCUGGCUGCCCAGGACGAUGCAUGGAAGGUUCGACUCCUACUUCGCAAACUGGGUGCGGCUGAAUACGAGCGUUAUGCAAACUUCAUCCUCCCCAAGAAUCCCCGAGAUGUCGCUUUCAAGGACACGGUUGAGACGUUGUCGCAGAUUUUUGGUGAUCAAUCAUCCCUUUCAACACUCGAUUUCAGUGCCUGCAGCUGUGCAAACGCGAUUCCGAUGAUUUUAUCACGUAUGCGGGCAUUGUCAAUCGUGAGUGUGGGCGUUUUCAACUCGGUUCUCUUACUGAAGACCAGUUUAAAUGCCUUAUAUUUAUCUGCGGCCUCCAGUCCCCCAAGGAUGCUGAUAUCCGGACACGUCUCCUGUCCAAAGUGCAGUAGAGCAACUCUAUCACACUCCAAGAGCUGGCAGCAGAGUGCCAAACGCUGA